AAUUGCCCCCACCAAAUAAAAAUAAAUACGGAGUACUAUUCAAUUAACUUGCAUAAAAACUAGUGUGCUACUCUCCCUUUCCUCCUAAAUUCCAAGCUUCCAUCUAUUCUUCAUCCUUUGCAAAUUCCAGCUAAUCAUCUUAUCAAGCUAAUCAUCAAGUGUGAAACAAAAUCAUGAGUACGCCAUCCUCAAGUAAUCCUCGACGACGUUCUCUUACUAUGGAGAGGACGGUCUCUCCUGCUAUGCAAAGGACUGGCCAAUGGGUAUUCUCUCAAGAUAUUCCUACUGAUAUCGUUGUUGAUGUUGGAGAAGCUUCUUUUUCUCUUCACAAGUUCAUGUUAGUUGCAAAGAGCAACUACGUACGAAAACUAAUAUUGGAGUCUAAGGAGUCAGACCUAGGAAGAAUCGAUUUGUCGAAUAUCCCUGGAGGAGCUGAGGCGUUUGAGAAGGCUGCAAAAUUCUGUUACGGCGUAAAUUUUGAGAUAACAGUUCAUAAUGUAGCAUCACUCAGGUGUGCUGCAGAGUAUCUGCAGAUGACAGACAAGUCUUGUGAGAACAACCUUGCUAGUCGAACUGAGGACUUCCUUUGUCAAGUAGCCUUGACUAACCUCUCUGGAGCUGUCAUUGUUCUGAAGUCUUGUGAAGAUCUUCUUCCUAUGGCUCUCGACCUCAAUAUUGUUCAGAGAAGUGUCGAUGUUAUCAGUGCUAAGGCGUGCAAUGAGGCUAACUUUCCUAGCCGUACACCACCAAAUUGGUGGACAGACGAGCUAUCAAUCCUCGAUGUAGCCUCAUUUCAGAAAGUUAUUACAGCCAUGAGAUUACGCGGGGCAAAAUCUCUAACCAUAUCAAGUGCAAUCAUCACAUACGCCGAGAAAUCUCUUAGGGACUUAGUCAGAGAUCACUCAGGAAACGGGAUCAAAUUCUCAGACCCUGCAAACUCUGAGUUGAGAAUCCAACAACGCGAACUCCUUGAGUCUAUCAUCUCCCUCUUCCCCUCUGAGAAAGCUGCAUUCCCUGUCCACUUCCUCUGUUCUCUUCUUAGAUGCGCGAUUUACCUUAAAGCAUCUACAAUCUGCAAGAACGAGCUCGAAAAGAGGAUAUCAGCUAUACUAGAACAUGUCACUGUGGAUGAUCUUCUGGUGUUGUCCUUCACAUAUGAUGGAGAGAGCCUUUUUGACCUUGAGAGUGUAAGGAAGGUGAUCUCAGGAUUCGUUUCGAGGGAGAAGAGUGUGGAUGUCUUCAAUGGGGGUAACUUCAGAGAGGCUUGCUCUGCUUCCAUGCAGAGAGUUGCUAGGACAGUGGAUUCUUAUCUUGGUGAAAUUGCAACUUAUGCAGCACUUAGUAUUUCCAAGUUUAAUGCCAUUGCUAAUCUUGUUCCUAAGGAGGCUAGGAGAAAUGAUGAUGACCUUUAUAGAGCAAUAGACAUCUAUUUAAAGUCUCAUCCAAAUCUAGACGAGAUUGAACGAGAGAAAGUGUGUAGCUCAAUGGACCCUCUAAAGCUCUCCUAUGAUGCCCGAGUACACGCCUCACAGAACAAGCGACUCCCAGUCCAAAUGGUCCUGCACGCCCUCUACUACGAUCAGCUAAAACUAAGGAGUGGAGCCAAUGACGGGGGAUUACCUGAAGCAGUAGCAACACGAGGCCAAUUACAAGCUGAUGUCUCCUUAGCCAAGGAGAAUGAGGCCUUAAAGUCGGAGUUGAUGAAGAUGAAGAUGUACAUUUCGGACAUACAAAAAAAUAAAGCGACAACCUCUAAAACAAGUACUAGUGCUGGUAUGCCAAAGAAAACGUUCUUUUCGUCGAUGUCUAAGACACUAGGGAAGUUUAACCCUUUCAAACAUGGGUCUAAAGAUACUUCUCAUUUGGAAGAUGAAGUUGAUCUUACAAAGCCUAGGAGAAGAAGGUUUUCCAUUUCUUAAAAGCAUAAAUAUUACAGUAUAAGUAUAUUACAAUUUAGCUACUAUUAUUAUUACUCACCAUAUAUUAAAACCUUGGCACUUAGUUAUAAAUUUGUUAUGUAAAACCAACUAUAGGUGUGGAGGGAGCCCUCAUUCAUCUUCAUGAUAAACAAAAUUUGUUUAUCUAAUGGCAUUUUCGUAAAUAUAUCAACAAUUCAUCCCAGUCAUCAUGGCAUUUUUGUAAAUAAGUGAACAACUAUUAUUAAUAUGCGGGUCCCACAAAUGUUGCCUUAUUUACGAAAAUGUCAUGCUGACUGGGAUUUUUUGUUGAUUUAUUUACCAAAAUGCCAUUAGAUAAACAAAUAUUGUUUAUCAUCAAGAUGAACUUGUAUUUUCUCAUAGGUGUGAUGUUAAGUAUUGGUUUUGUAUUGAUUUUUUUUCCCUAUUAACUAGAGUGGCAUAGUGUGAUUUGUGUAGAAAGUUUGAAACAUUAUGUGUAUAGUUGGCUAAGUGAUGAUUUAGACUUGUUAUAUGAUGAUUCUCUUUGUUCAAAUUCAUUUGUUUCUUCCUAGACAUUAAUAAUUACAUAAUUUUAUCA